AUGGCGGAAUACGAAACAGAGGAACUGCCAGCAGGGGGUAUGCCCGGAGACGGCGCCGCCGCGGAGUUCUAUGACGCCCCUCCCACCGUUGUCAUCGACAAUGGAUCAGGUUACAUGAAGGCCGGGCUUUCUUCACAUGAGCAGCCGACGACGGUCUUCCCAACCAUUGUUGGCCGCCCUCGUCGUCGCUUCGUGGACCUCUACGCUGCCAAAGAUGGAGAAGAUGGCAGCGGGGCCGUCUUUGUCGGCGAGGAGGCGAUUGCCAAUCGUCACCAUUUGAGUUUCACGUACCCAAUUGACCAUGGCCACAUCGACAACUGGGUUGAUAUGGAAGAAGUUUGGAACUCCACGUACAACAUGUUAGGAGUGCAGACCAGUGAACAUGCAGUCCUGCUGACGGAACCGCCUCUCUGCUCGCUGCGACACCGCGAGAAGAUGGCGGAAAUGUUCUUCGAAACCUACGGCGUGCCCGAACUCAACAUCUCGGUGACGGGUCUCAUGGCCAUCUACGGAACCGGUCGGACGACGGGUUUCGUGCUGGACAUUGGCGAAGGCAUCACGCAGUGCGUCCCCGUUUUCGACGGCUACUUGGAGAAGGCCUCUGUGAAGCGGAGUGACUUCGGCGGACAAGAGCUGCAGAUGUAUCUACAGAAGAUUCUCUGCGACAUGGGCUAUCCAAUGACCACGCGGGAUGACUAUGAACACGUGCGCGUGAUCAAGGAGACUCUCUGCUUUUGUUCGCUGAAUCCGUCAGAGGACCAAAACCGCGAAGAUUUGGAGAAGACGUACCACCUACCCGACGGCCUGACGCUGCGAGACGGCAUCACGACAGAAAUCACGCUGGGACCGGAGCGAUUCUACCCUCCAGAGGCGCUGUUCAAUCCCCAGCUGUGCGGCAGAGACAGUCCCUCUUUGAUCGACCUCGUCUGGUCGUCGAUUAUGGCGUGCCCGAUCGAGAGCAGGAAGAGCCUGAUCGGCAGCAUCGUCCUUAGCGGUGGAUCCUCAAUGUUCCCGGGAUUCCCGGAACGCUUGGAGCAAGAGUUGAAGAACACGGCCCCACCUCAGGCGCGACCACACGUGCACGUGUUGAGUCAUCCGUCGAGAGGCAGUUUGGUGUGGCAAGGAGCGCGUCUCUACUGCCAGCCGGAAAUGCGGCCCAUGCAAGACCACCUCUGGAUUAGCCGACAAGAGUGGGACGAAAUUGGAAUGAAGAUUGUCGGCAAAAAGGCGGCACUCAAAAUUACCUCGUAA